ACUAAAAGAGCACAACAAGAACAGGCAAUGCAAGCCUUUGGUUCAGUGACAAUCUUUUGCGAUCGUCAGAGGUUUGGUCGUUUUGACGAUUGGGCGGCUCACCUUGAAUCAGCCCUCAAUCUAGGCAACUUCGAGGAAGCUAGGAAAUUACGCCUAAUGCGCUCUAAACUCUACGGAGCGGCUGCUGAAGAAUUCGACACAUUCAAGUUAAACAAAACUGUCCGAUCCCAAGAGUACGCAGCAGUAAAAGUACGACUCUUCAAACUCUUUCACUCGACCGAAACGCGGUCACAAAGGAGUGUCGAGUUUCACAACAUGAAGAGGAAGCCAGAGGAAAACAUGCAUCGUUACGCAAAUCGUAUUCGAAAGGCAUUCCAUAAAGCUUACCCUAUGGAUGGGAUAUUAGAUUCAGCUACAACCGCAUCCCGGGAGCAAAUGAUGAUGGACAGGUUUCUGGAAGGUCUACCCAGCGACGUACAAGUCCCCUUAAAGUAUAAAAAUUUUGCAUCGUUCCAGACGCUUAUCAAUCGAGCUGAACAUAUCGCAUUAGCUAUUGGAGAAUCAAAGACGAGAGUUAGAAUCCAUGAAGCAUACGCAUCAACGAAUGCUCCAACCAAUCAAAAUGAACUGACCAGCGUGCUGGAAGCCCUAAAUCGCUUAAGCACCAAGGUUGACCAAAACGCCGCGACACACAACGAGGAACUCCAACAGAGUUUGGCGGAAAUUAAACGGCAACUACCCCAGAGGCCUCCCCAGGUUGACGGAAGACAAAAAGACCAUAACUCGACGCAGCCCGAAGCUUUUAAAAGGGCAACCAUCAUUUAA